AUGGAUAAAGAACCAAAAUUAUCCUUAUCCCCCGGCCUAGGUACCCGGGCAGAAAACGGCUACGAUUCCAUACUGGACAUCAUGGCCGAGAUGCGCUAUCAAGGCGUCGACAUCCCCCCUAUAGUGCGCGCCCUCGUGAGACAGCUCUACAUGAGAGCCUACUCGGCGGAAGAGCAUAGUGAUCGUCUAACUGGCAAGUAUCAACGGCUGCAAGCCGAGCACGCCCAACUCGUUGCAGAGUUCAACCGGUACUGCAAGGACUCCAAAGAAGCGUGGAAGAUCAAGGCCAACAAGAUUCUGUACGACGAUAUGCAGAAAUCCGUGGAUGCUCUCGUCGACGCUAAUAGAGAGUCUCGGGAGACGAUCAAGAGCAUGUUUGAUGAGAACUUGACUAUGAGUACUGAGGUCAUCGCGCUGAGAAAGGAGGUGGCAGAGUUGAGAAAGGAGAAUGGUACACUGACGGCGAAGGUAGCUGUUAAAGGCUCUGAAAUGUGA